AUGGACUUCAGCUCCUUUCUCCUCCAGCAGCAGCAGCAGCAGCAGCAGCAGCAGCAGCAGCAACAGCAGCAUCAACAGCAGCAGCAGCAGCAGCAAGUACGCGGGGAGGUUUUUGGCCUUGCAGGCCUACAGGGACAGCACAUGGAGUUCGACAAGCUUCCACUUGCUGCUGCUGCUGCUGCUGCUGCAGGCAGAAGCAAGCGCAGCCAGAAGAAAGCAGCAGCUGCAUGCAGCAGCAGCAGCAGCAGCAGCAGCAGCAGCACGGAAACUCCCCACGAUGUAGCAGCAGCAGCAGCAGCCAGAGCAGCAGCAGAAGCUCUUGUUGCCGCUGCUUCUCGCGACGCGCCACUCCCAUCGGGUGCAGCAUCGACUGCAGCAGCAACUGCAGCAGCAGCAGGCGCUGCUGCUGCUGCUGCUGCUGCUGCUGCUGCAGGGCCCAGGGUUUGGGCCGCAAGCCACUGCAGCGGGGCUUUGCUGCUGCCCGGGCUGCUGUCGCUGCCGCAGCAGCUGCUGCUGGCUGACGAAAUUGUCUCUUCCCAGCUGCGGCCCCCAGCAAUCUGCAACUUAUGCCAGCAGCAGCAGCAGCAGCAGCAGCAGCAGCAGCAGCAGCAGGAGCCGGACUGCGGCAACACUGUGGGGGCGACAGGGGAAUCUGAGCGGAGUGCCGCUGCAGCAGCAGCACCACCAGCCACAGCAGCAGCAGCAGGAGCGGGAGCAGCAGAAGGAGCAGGAACAGCAGCAGCAGAAGCAGCAAGAGGAGCAGCAGCAGAAGCAGCAGCAGCAGCAGCAGCAGCAGCAGAAAAGACACAAGGGCCCUAUUUUACUAAAUGCAGCCGUGUGCAGCUGCUGGAGCAGUUGCGGAGCUCCUCUGAAGCGCCGCCAGUCCUUAGCAGCAGCAGCAGCAGCAGCAGCAGCAGCUGGCGGUUUUGGCAGCAGCAGCAGCAGCAGCAGCAGCAGCAACACCGCAGCACUUCUGAGUGGACGCAGCAGGAAGCAGCAGCAGAGCAGCAGCUGCUGCUGCACUUCCUGCCGCCCCCCGCGGGCCUGCGGUGGUCUUCAGUUGGCUCUCAAGUCUAUGACUGGGGGGCGCGCACCUACUACGCGCAGCAGCAGCAGCAGCAGCAGCAGCAGCAGCAGCAGCAGCAAGAGCAGCAGAGGGAGCAGCAGCAGCAGCAGCAGCAGCAACAGUUGGCUCUGCAGAACAGUGCACUGGCAGGUCCAAAAAGCAGCGCUGGGGUCAGCGAAAGCAGCAGCAGCAGCAGCAGCAGCAGCAGCAGCAGCAGCAGCAGCAGCGGCAGCAGCAGCAGUGGGCCGUCCUUGCCGCCUGUGUUGAACUUUAUCGCUGGCUAUGCUUUGCAAGCAGCAGCCAUGCACCAGCAGCAACAGCAGCAGCAGCAGCAGCAGCAGCAGCAGCAGCAGGCUGUUGCAGAAACGGCUGCAGCGCUGCAGGUGGCGCUGAUUAAUUUGUAUAAAGGAGGAGACAGACUGAGGGGCCACAAAGACGACGCAGAAGCAGACACGGAGGUGCCUCUUGUCUCAAUCAGCUUGGGCCUUCCCUGCAUCUUUCUUAUUGGCGGCAGCACACGACAGCAAGAGCCCCUGCCGGUGGUCCUGCGUUCUGGAGAUGUGGUGAUCUUAUCGCGCGCAGCUCGCCUGGCCCUUCACGGGGUCCCUAAGCUUCUCUACUACACGCCUAGCCAGCCUCCACCUACUGCAGCUGCAGCGAGGCGGACUGUUGCUGCUGCUGCUGCUGCUGCUGCUGCUGCUGCUGCUACUGCUGCUGAAGAACAGCAAUCCAGCAGCGGCAGCAGCAGCCAGAACCACGCAGAUACAAACAGUUCUCGAGAAAACCACCCAAAGCUGCUGUUGCUGCGCAACGAACAAGUGGGGCAGCAGCAGCAGCAGCAGCAGCAGCAGCUGCUGCUGCUGCAGCAGCAGCAGCUGCUGCUGCUGCAGGUGGAGUUAAUGGACUAUGCUCUGUGUCUGCCUCAUUUGCUGCGGGCUGAGAGGGCUUUGCAGGGGCUGCUGCAGCAGCAGCAAGACAGAGUUUUGUUUUGGCAGCAGCGGCUGCUUCAGGUGUAUAGGCAGCUGCAGCAGCUGCGGCUCAAUCCAGCAACUCUGCAGCAACAGCAGCAGCAGCAGCUUUGUCAGCAGCAGCAGCGGUUGCUGCUGCUGCUGCGGCAGCAGCAGCAGCAGCUGCGGCAGCAGCGACUGCAGCAGCAGCUGCACCUACGGCAGCAGCAGCAGCAGCAUCUGCAGCAGCGGCAGUAG